AUGGCCAUCGAUAUAACCUCUCAUCGUAGAGUUGGUCAUGAGACUGGUAAACUCGUCUCAGUCUGUCCGAUUGGUUAUGGGUUGAUGCGUUUAACGUGGGCACCCACCGAGACUCCAGACAAGAAAGCCUUCAAGACGAUCCUCGCUUUUCUCACUGCUGGUGGCAAGUUCCUCGACUCUGGAGAGUUCUACGGAAAUCCGCCGGAUCGGUUCAACUCCAACCUGGAAUUACUCGCCAGGUUCUUUGAUGCUUACCCCGAAUGGGCCGAGCAGGGAAAGUGUUUCUUGAGCGUCAAAGGCGGCUUCAAUUUGGAAGGCGGCAAAAUGAAUCAUCCUGAUGGAUCAAUGGACGGUCUCAGGAAAAGCGUGGACAACAUCAAUCAAAAACUUGGAGGGAAGAAAAAGAUGGACUUAUUUCAGAUGGCUAGAGUGGACCAAAAGGUACCAAUCGAGGAUGUCAUGAAGAGCUACAAGACUUUAAUCAACGAAGGCAAAUUCAAGCAUGUCGGAUUGUCUGAAGUAUCUGCCGAAACAAUCCGACGAGCACACGCCGUUUACCCAGUGUCUGCUGUCGAGGUGGAGUAUUCUCCAUGGUUAUUGGAUAUCGAACACAAUGGUAUCUUGUCGACUUGUGAAGAACUUCGAAUCCCCAUUAUAGCAUACAGCCCCUUAGGUCUUGGUAUGUUAACGGGAAAAAUUAAAUCGCUCGAUGACCUCGACCCUAACGAUGCACGACGCCACUUUGAUCGAUUCCAGCCCGAAAACUUCCAUCAUAACAUCAAAUUGACCGACAAAUUCAUCUCAUUGGCUCAAAAGAAGAAGUGUACCCCUGUGCAACUCGGCUUGGCUUGGAUACUGAUGCAAUCCGAAUUGCUCAUCCCGAUUCCCGGCUCAACUCGAGCUGAAGGGGUUGAAGAAUCUCUUGCAAGUUUGAAAGUCAAGCUGUCUGAUGAAGAAGUCCAUUAG